AUGUCCACUAGUAGCCAAGUAUCGGCCGCAGAGCUUCAAACCCUCUCCUCGAAAGCCAUCGCUGCGAAGGAGGCAGCACAUUGCCCAUACUCGAAAUUCCGCGUGGGUGCCUGUCUACUUACGGAGGAAAGGGAGUUCAUUGUCGGCGCCAACGUCGAGAAUGUUAGCUAUCCUGUCGGCGUGUGCGCGGAAAGAUGUGCUUUUUCAACCGCUGUUGUAGGCAUCCGAGAUUACACCAUGCUUUCCCCUUCAAGCUCCUUAUAUGUUGUUUUCUAUUACCUUGCGUUCAUCCCGAUAUGGGAUUUAAUCGUAGCCGGACACAAAAACUUCAAGGCCAUCGCCGUCGCGACGGACAUUGUCCCGGGUGCAUCCCCGUGCGGGAUGUGUAGGCAGUUCAUGAGAGAAUUCUGCCCUCCUUCUUUCCCAGUUUACAUGUACGGAGGGGAUGGCCAAUAUACGGUGAAGACAAUGGGGGAGCUUCUCCCAAAUUCUUUUGGGCCUAAUGAUCUUCCACAGUAA